AUGAUGGAAACUGCGAUUACCGCCUCAUCGGGCGAUUGCACAGUCACCGGGAACCACAGUACUCGUUACAGGAAAUCGAAGAUAUUAAGUGGACGACGCGUCUUCUGCAUUGACAGGGAGUACCGCCAAGUUGUUGAAGCUUGGUAUGUAGUCAUCUGGCAGCAAGUGUUUAGCCACGUCGUUUACGUGGCGAGCGGCGUCUAUGUGACUAAGCAGCAACUACUUUCUGUCUUCUUGUCUCCCAUCAUGCUCGGCAAACUCGUGCAUCUAGGGAUUGAUGCGGUGCUUAUCAGUGUCUUCCUUGCUGGACUGAAGCGCAAUACUGGACUCACUCCCAAACUCUCACAAGUCCCAAAUAAGGACAUUCGUCAACUGCUCCGCUCAUAUCUCGAGUUUGGCGAGUACGCAUUCGACUUCGCGGUUGUCGUAUGUGGGCGGUCUACUUCUUUCGAGCGAACACGAUGA